GCUGAACAGGUAAUACAGGUGUGACCGCGCUGUACCGAUUUUACCCGCAUAGGCUACACACGGUCGUCGUCGACAGAAAGCUAAACAGCCACCACAAACCUCUUCAGUAUCAGGAGGGUAACCUUUCCAGAUCUCUUUUGAACGGAACAUCGCGUUUGAACAAGAACAGAAGAGUAACGAUAAGUAAUAUAUCCUACUGUGAAAUAGAUGUCUGCCCCCCUCGGUCCAGACAUGCCUGUGCCAGUACCCAAACCACGGACUCGCUACAAGCGGGCUGGAGGGAGCCCACAGAUCCAGCUCUCUUCUGAUCGGGAUUUGAUACAUGAUACACCUGACACAGGAAUUCAUAGCAGAGGUAUUCCACCCGCAAAUGAUUUGCUGGCAGAAAAGGAAGACAACCCUGCCAUUAUCCUAAAUAAGCCUGCCAUUACCAGCCCAGCGGAGCAGAAUCCAAGCCAGUGUAACUUCCUUCUCUUCAGAUCUGAUUCUGGAGUGACUCCAUCUUACCCAGUACUGGACAGUAAUGGACUCUGUCCAUCUGUCUGGUUGUCCUUCUCUCCACACAGUCCGGCUGUGGAUACUGACCCCUACAUCAGUCCGGCUGUGGAUACUGACCCCUACAUCAGUCCGGCUGUGGAUACUGACCCCUACAUCAGUCCGGCUGUGGAUACUGACCCCUACGUCAGUCCGGCUGUGGAUACUGACCCCUACAUCAGUCCGGCUGUGGAUACUGACCCCUACAUCAGUCCGGCUGUGGAUACUGACCCCUACAUCAGUCCGGCUGUGGAUACUGACCCCUACGUCAGUCCGGCUGUGGAUACUGACCCCUACAUCAGUCCGGCUGCGGAUACUGACCCCUACAUCAGUCCGGCUGCGGAUACUGACCCCUACGUCAGUCCGGCUGCAGAUACUGACCCCUACGUCAGUCCGGCUGCGGAUACUGACCCCUACGUCAGUCCGGCUGCGGAUACUGACACCUACAUCAGUCCGGCUGUGGAUACUGACCCCUACAUCACUGACGUAGCUGACUGGGAAAAAUGCCCUGGAUCUGGAUCUGAAUCGUCCAAUGAUGACAAUGCCGUUACUGAAGAAAUAAAGAACACAUCCCACAUGAACAAUGUGGCGUCAGGGCAUGUUUGUAUUGGUGUUGUCCCCAGCGGGAAACCUCCUGUGGAAAAGGAGUCUAUGCAGACCAGACCUCUCAAACAGAAGAUCCCACGUGCGGCCACCAUCCGUGUCAGCAGGAGAAAACAGGCAGCAGUGAGCGGUGGUGCUACCCAGGCAGCAGAGUCCUCUCGUAGGGAGAAUGUGGUGUCCCGAUCCAGCUGGCUGGAUGUAUGGAAGGGCCGCAGGCACAAUGUUCUGUGGGCCACCCUGGAUGGACCGUUGGUAUCAUUUUGGAAGAAACGCACAGACAAGUUCACAGACCUAGUUUUCCAUGUGUCAAGCAUCACCAACGUCUGCAAGCAGGACAAAGGACGCUUCUCCCUUUACUUCUGCAAGAAGCACUUUGAGUUCAUGGCGCACAACAAAGCGGUGCAGGAGGGCUGGGUGACGUCUCUCCUGGCCUCUCGUGGAUGGGACCCCCCAGCCCCUCCGGAGCAGCAUGGAGCCCUGACCAUGAAGGACCCUCGCAGCAACAGAGUGUACGCGGCCAUCUGUGGACACAACCUAUGGAUCUACAACAACAAAGAUGAUUUCCAGUUGGGGGUUGGGCUGACCUAUGUGUCCAUGAACGUGGCGUCAGUGAAGCAGACUGGCCGUCAUAACUUCAGCCUCAUCACACCGUACAAAAACUUCAAUUUCUCCACAGACUCAUCGAGGGAGCUGGCGGUGUGGCUGGGGAGUCUGAACCAGGUGAUCCUCAGUGCCCUGUCAUGCAGCGAGGUGGCCCACCGACUCUGGGCCAGCCCAUGGAACAAAGUGUGUGCCGACUGUGGCAGUGCCAACCCCGAGUGGGCCUCAGUUAACCUGCUGGUGGUCGUCUGUGAGGCCUGUGCAGGUCAGCAUCGCUCUUUGGGCAUCCAUGUCUCCAAAGUGAGAAGCCUGAAGUUGGACAGUAAAGUGUGGACUGAACCUUUGAUUCUGCUAUUUGUCUAUUAUGGGAACAAAGCAGCCAAUGAUGUAUGGGGUCACAAUGUGCCAGGUGCAGAGCAGAUCCUGCCAGACUCCUCUGUGGAUCAGAGGGGGGACUUCAUCAGGGCCAAGUACACCAAGGGCCGAUACAGAUUUACCCAUCCUCUUGCCUCCAGCCAGAGACUGCUCAACCAGAGGCUGUGUGAGGUGGUGUGUGGCCCUAAUGUCCCAGAGACCAUGUCAUUGCUGUGCUCGGGGGCCCGGGUCCUGUGCCACUCAGGGGACUCUCAGUGCCCCACGCCCAUCUCCCUGGCAGAGCGGGCUGGACAGGCCAUGCAGACGGAGCUGCUUAGACACAACGAAUACACAGAUGCCCCUGCCUAUGUUCAUCAGGUCACAGGGUCUCUGCUGGGCACCUCUGACCCUCCUUCUGCUGCAGGAGAGGAGGAGCUCCAUGGGAAGUUGGAGGAGGACCGCUUCCUGUUCUCCCAGGAGAAUGACUCUGCAGCCUGUGAUGUUCUGGACCUGAGGGAGGUCAUCUCCAUCUUCCACAGCCCCAACGGAUCGACUCAUGAGUUUGAAAUGGUGACUCUGACGGACGAGUUGGUGUGCAAUGCCGACACUGAAGAGGGUCUACUGAAUCACCUGCUUCAUAUUCUCAGGGUGGUGUUGCCCGAGCCCAUAGAUGAGGAGGAGCUGGACGGGGUGUUUGCUGUGUCCCGGGUGUCUCUGAGGGAGGGAGGAGGCCUGCAGCACACUGAGGUCUGGGCAGUGCUCCGUGGAGGUCAGGUCCUCGUCUAUCCUACUGACCAGCAGCGCCACAGAGAGAGGCUAACACUCAACCCUGAGACUCAAUACAAGAUAGAUUCCUCUGAGAACACCAUAGAGCUGGUCACUGGAGAGAGAACCAUGUCCAUGCAGUUUGAACGAGACCACAGCUGUCAGUCCUGGCACAGCCUACUGAAACGGGCAGUGACCACAAAGAGGAAGCAGCGCCCAUCACUGUACGAGCUGCCACCCAACGCCAUUGGCAAUGUGCCCCCUGCCAUUGAGAGGUGUAUCUCACACAUCACACAAUAUGGCCUGAAGGUGGAUGGGCUGUACCGGCGCUGUGGCUUGGCCACUAAGGUCAGCAGUCUGGUGGAAGCCCUCAGCAGAUCACCUAAAACUGCCCCUCUGGAGAAAGAUGAACAGGGUCUCCUGGACGCUGCAGGGGCCCUGAAGCAAUAUGUCCGCCAGCAGGUGGUGCUCAUCCCUCAGACACAAAGGGAACUGUGGGUCAAGGCUGCAGCCCACAGAGAAGAGAACCUUAGACUGGCCACCUACCGCAGACUCCUGAAGAAGCUGCCCCCUGACAACAGAAUCACACUCAACGCCCUGUGUGGACACUUCUACAUAGUUCAGCUGUACAGUGUAGAGAACCGUAUGACAGCUCAGAACCUGGCGCUGGUGUUUGUCCCAACACUGUUCCAGGAGCUGGCCAUGAACACAAACAUGGUGCGUCUCACCAGAGAACUCAUCAUACACCACACACUCAUCUUCCUGGGUAAAGAACAAGAGUCUGACAUGGAGAGUGAAGAACUCAUAACAAAAUUAUAGAAAAACACAUGUAUAUAUUUGGCUUUGGCUGUCAAAGAAAGCUUAUAUGGGAAAGAUAUAUUUGGUUACAUAGUGCCCCUAGUUACAUAGUGUAGUUUUCACAACUUCUUUGAACUACACAUUUAGACCAUGGACUGGAUUAAAUAGAUUUUUUCUGCUAUAUUCAUUUUAAGGUUUUUUGUAAUUUAGGUGAUGGUAAAAUAAUAACAAAGCAAGCUCAAAUUGUAUGUUAGUGCCUUCAGAAAGUUCACACCUUUUGACUGUUUCCACAUUUUGUUGUUGCAGCCAGAAUUUAAAAUAGAUUGAAUUGAGAUUUGUUGUCCUUUGAAAAUUUCAAAAAAUGUGUAAAACAUUUAAUGCUGAAAUGUCUUGAGUCAAUAAGUAUUCAUCCCCUCAGUUAUGGCAAGCCUAAAUAUACUGACCAAAAAUAUAAACGCAACAUGCAACAAUUUCAAAGUAAAUCAGUCAAUUGAAAUUAAUUCAUUAGGCCAUAAUCUAUGGAUUUCACAUGCCUGGGAAUACAGACAUGCAUCUGUUGAUCAGAUACCUUAAAAUAAAGGUAGAGGAGUGGAUCAGAAAACCAGUCAGUAUCUGGUGUGAUCACCAUUUGCCUCAUGCAGCGCAACACAUCUCCUUCACAUAGAGUUGAUCAGGCUGUUGAUUGUGGGCUGUGGAAUGUUGUCCCACUCCUCUUCAAUGGUUGUGCAAAGUUGCUGGAUAUUGAAGGGAACUGGAACACACUGUCAUACGUCGAACCAGAGCAUCCAAAACAUUCUCAAUGUGUGUCUGGUGAGGUAUGUAGGCCAUGGUAGAACUGGGACAUUUUCAGCUUCCAGGAAUUGUGUACAGAUCCUUGUGACAUGGUGCCUGCAUUAUUAUGCUGAUAACAAGCUGAGUUUUACAGAGAAUGCAGACUGUAUUUUUUUUAAGCAAGCCAACACCUGUUCUUAAUCAGGAAAUUAAAGGGGUUUGGGUUCAGCCAGGAUGUUCUGGAGAGGGUGUACAGCAGCUUGGUGGAGAGCAUCCUCACGUUCAAUAUGACAGUCUGGUAUGGUAAUCUGAGUAUGAGGAGCAAAAGCAAACUGACCAGCAGUCAGCAAAGUAAUUGGACGACCACAGGCACACUUGAGCAUUCUAUUCCACAAGGCAACCAAACAGAAGACACUGGCUGUCGUUGGCGACCCCUCCCACCCUCUACACCCUCAGGUGGCGACCCCUCCCACCCUCUACACCCUCAGGUGGCGACCCCUCCCACCCUCAGUUCAAGAGGCUUCCCUCUGGCCGGCUCUUCAGAAUGCCCAUGGCCAAGAAGAACAUGUUCAAAAAUUCAUUCCUUCCUUGUGCUGUUGGACUACUAAAUAUAAAAUUAAAGGUAUCGGAAUAUGUACUUAUCUAUAAGUACAGUGGUCAUUUGAGUGAAUGUAUUAAUGUCCUCAAUGUUGUUAGUGUUUGCAACAUGAUGGACUGACUGGUUUAAAUGUGUAUGAUGUGAGAAUGUAUGUGAUUAUUUUAAUGGAAGGUGAUGCCAAAUAAAAAUGUCAGUUUUAUUCUAAA